CUCACAUCUCUAGCAGCUAUCGAAAAAAAGUGAAGCGUAAAAAGAAGGAAAAUUAAUUCUGCCUGUGUGCGUGCUUGUGUUUAUGAAAAUUGGGUUUUCUGGCAUUUGCAAUUGUUGCAGCGUCGCGUUGGAAGGCCGAAAAUCAGCCAGUGAACACGCCCGGGUGGCGGAAAGCGACCGAAUCUGCGUGUGUGUACCAGUGCGCGAGUGCGAGUGUGUGUGUGUGUUUCGUUCCGUCCUCUGGUGUCUGGCACCUUAACACAACAACAACAACAGCAACAAAAACAACAACAACAACAAAAACAACAACAACAACAACAACAGUAGCUGAAGCAGCAGCAACAACAACAGCAAGCCGUCGAAGCAGCAACAACACACGCACAAUAAUAAGGCCCGUGACGUUGUCGCUGCCGUCACCAUCGAAGGCAAAAGGCAAACCAAAUCGAGCCGAGAAACAAACAGCAGUGAUAGCGAAAGCAGCAGUCGCGUUCCUUUUUCCAAAGCUAGGCAUCCCCGUUCGCUUGUCCCAAGGUUUCGUAAAACAGCCUCAACACGAAUUACCUACCGCUUGCCCUCCAGCGGCGAUCGACUGUGGUUGCCAGCGCCCCAGCGCCAGGAUCUGUCUCCAGGAUCCCGGAAUCGCCCAGCACCAGCGCCAGCAUCAACAUCAAACCCAGCCCAUCCAGCCAUCCAAACAACAGCGGCGGCGGUGCAGAUAGCCACAGCUGGAGGCAGCCAUCCUGGCUAGACAGGAGCCCCUCGGCCACCACAGACGGAUCCGGAACCAUGUCGAUGAACACCACCUACGAAGCGCCCAGCAUUAGCAUGGACCACCCGCUGACGCAGCUGGUCAAGGAGGGCUGGCUGAUGAAGCGGGGGGAGCACAUCAAGACCUGGCGCCAGCGCUACUUCAUCCUCUACUCCGAUGGACGACUGAUGGGCUACCGCAGCAAACCGGCAGACAGUGCCAGCACGGCCACGGAUUCGCUGCUCAAUAACUUUACGGUGCGCGGCUGCCAGAUCAUGACCGUAGAUCGGCCCAAGCCAUACACCUUCAUUAUCCGCGGCCUGCAAUGGACCACAGUCAUCGAGAGGACGUUCGCCGUGGAAUCAGAGCUGGAUCGCCAGCAAUGGACGGAGGCCAUUCGUCAGGUCUCCAGCCGGCUCAUCGAUGUGGGAGAGGUGGCCAUGUCGCCAUCGGUUCAGACAGACAUGACCGACGUGGACAUGGCCGGCAUUGCCGAGGUUGAGCUCUCAGAGCAGUUCUCGGUGCAGGGCACCACCUGCAACAGCAGCGGCGUUAAGAAAGUGACUUUGGAGAAUUUUGAGUUCCUCAAGGUGCUCGGCAAGGGCACCUUCGGUAAGGUUAUCCUGUGCCGCGAGAAGGCCACCGCCAAGCUGUACGCUAUUAAAAUUCUCAAAAAGGAGGUCAUCAUCCAGAAGGACGAGGUGGCCCACACCCUGACCGAGAGUCGUGUGCUCAAGUCCACAAAUCAUCCGUUCCUCAUUUCACUCAAAUAUUCGUUUCAAACCAAUGACCGCCUGUGUUUCGUGAUGCAGUACGUGAACGGCGGCGAGCUCUUCUGGCAUUUAAGCCACGAACGCAUCUUCACCGAGGAUCGCACCCGCUUUUAUGGGGCUGAGAUCAUCUCCGCCCUGGGCUACCUGCACUCGCAGGGCAUCAUUUACCGCGACUUGAAGCUGGAGAAUCUUUUGCUGGACAAAGAUGGCCACAUCAAGGUCGCCGACUUCGGUCUGUGUAAGGAGGACAUCACCUACGGCCGCACAACGAAAACCUUCUGCGGAACACCGGAAUACCUAGCUCCAGAAGUAUUAGACGACAAUGACUAUGGCCAGGCGGUGGACUGGUGGGGCACCGGCGUGGUUAUGUACGAGAUGAUCUGUGGUCGUCUUCCCUUUUACAAUCGUGAUCAUGAUGUGCUCUUUACAUUGAUUUUGGUGGAGGAGGUAAAAUUCCCACGUAAUAUAACAGAUGAGGCGAAAAAUCUGCUGGCGGGCCUCCUGGCCAAGGAUCCCAAGAAGCGUUUGGGCGGUGGCAAGGAUGAUGUCAAGGAAAUUCAAGCACAUCCCUUCUUUGCGAGUAUUAACUGGUCAGACCUGGUGCAGAAAAAGAUACCGCCGCCUUUCAAGCCUCAAGUCACCUCCGAUACGGACACACGGUACUUCGACAAGGAGUUUACGGGAGAGAGUGUGGAGUUAACGCCGCCGGAUCCUACCGGGCCGUUAGGCUCCAUAGCCGAAGAGCCGCUUUUCCCGCAGUUCAGCUACCAAGGAGACAUGGCCUCCACGUUGGGCACCUCGUCGCACAUUAGUACUUCCACCAGUCUCGCAUCGAUGCAAUAGAACAAGUUUACAAACUUUUACAAGCACACAUCAUGUUCUGCUUCAUCACCUAUUACUAUACUAUACCUAUACCAUAUAGAAAUGGGCAAAAGAAAACAAAAAGCAAGAAUAUAUUAAAUAAUAAUUAUACCAUGAUAACGAAGGCAAGCAAAGGGUUUUCUUGCUAGUUUAUAUACACCAAUAAUAAGAGAAUUGAAUUGAUAGUAACUUAUUUUUUUAUAACGAGAAAGGGAAUGCUGAACGAAAGGGCAGCAGCCCCAAGCCGAGGAAAAUGAUAAUAUUUACUACAUAUGAUUAUACACAUAAAUAUAUAACACUUCGGGCCCUGCGCCAGAAGUGAUUAGUUAAUUUUAAACGCAAGUGAAACAUUUAACCAAGCGACUCAGAGACGCUGCGCUUUAGAGUAGUAGGAUUAGGGCAUGCAACCUACUAGAGGCAACGUCAAAGGGCCGCUUGAUCGGAUUGUUUAUACGGAUACAGAUUAUUCACGCAGACAGCACUCACACAGACACUUAGCAUAUAGCAAACAUGAAGUUAAGUUAACUGAAACAGCAACAAAUCGAAAUACACACAUUCAACCACGCCCCCACAUGCACAACUCGUAUAUAUACAUUAUUUAUACUCCAAAGAAACAAAAAAGAAACAGAAAUAAUUACGAGUUAUAUAUAAUGUUAAAAUUGCCUCUAAUGUGCUGUGCUUUAUGCAAAACUACAACAACAGAAACAAACAAACUAAUAGUUAAUAAACAACGGAAACUUACAUCAAUGCAGUUUAUAGGCGCCAAUAAUUAGCAAACAACUAAACGAUAUAUUCAGGCAGAAACAUAUUUCGAAAAAAAAUAGCAAGAAAAUUAAUUACAAUUGACGCCAUUUUUUAUUAUAAUUUUUUUACGAAAAAUAUAUUUGUACAUAUUUAUAAAGGACAAAAUCCUUUCAAAUUAAAUGCAAAAAAAAAAUACAAAAAUCGAAAGUGUUGCGUGGAAAAUGGAAGUUUCCAUUUUAAGGCCACGGAAAAAGGUUAAACCUUUGACACGAGAAAAAAAUGUAUCUUUGUCAUUUAAAGUUUGGCAUUGAAAAGUUCAUAACAAGUUUUGUAUACUAAGAGCAAGUCAGGCAAAAAAUAUAUAUUAAUCAACAACAACAGACUUACAAAUAGUUCCAAGAGGAAGAUUAAAAGAAAAUUAUAUAAACGGAAUAAAAUAAAAAAGAAAAUAAAGAAUUUUUGAUAUUUUUAUAUGCGCAAUAAAAACAUAAAUCAAGAAAAAACACAAAACUAAACAAAAAAGUUAUUUUAUAUUUCAAAGAAAGAAAAACAAAAUAAAUUUUGUAAAUAAAAAUUAACUCAAGUUCGGGCAUUUCAAGUGAAAACAAAGAAUUGAAAGCAUAAUCUCUCUUCUAAAUGUUAAACACAACCUAUCAAAAAAUGGAAAACGAAUCGAGAAUCGAUUAAGAACGAUGAAAAUGCCAAAGAAGCGGCGGAGUCAGGUGGAACUCGAGGAGAACCGACAUUUGAGAGCCAGUCGGGACAGUUCGGUUAGAGUCUUGGUCUUUCGAUGGUUCCGAAUCAGGACUAGGAACGAACUAACUAGAGAUAUCAUAUAGCUCCGAUUGAACCGAGCCCUAUAUCUAUCGACAGCUUGGAGGUCCUUGCUUUGUGCUCACCCAGCUUGCGGCUGACGUCUAGGCUAGCCAAUAUCAAUCUCAAACCGAUCAAGCAAUACAUAGACAAAAUAUAGAACCCCCUAAGCAUGGCUUACUAGACAUACAAUCCGAGGAACGACUUCAACCGACCCAUGAACCCUUUUUAAAUAGACUCGUUAGGUAAGUCAGCCCACGUAGGUGGGACAGCUAGAGAUCUAUAGCAAAGAUGUAGAGAACUGUUAGGGACAGCCGAAGCAAAUUGAAUACUAGCCUUAGUGAACGUGAACAUCUCUAGUAUCCCAAAUCGAAGCAUUUUCCCCGCGCCGAACCGCGCAGGAGGGAAUCUAUAGAAAUAGUUGUCUAAGUUUACUGAUUUUUGUAAGACAAUUUUUGAUUUCGAUUUUUUAACACUCUCACACGAACUGCAAACAACAAUGUGUUCUAAAGCAAAAUAAUACAACAAAAUGGUUUAAAACAUGACUAUAUAUUAACAGAAACCGAGAGAGAUAUAUCCAGUCAGAUCGUAGAUCAAGUCGAGCAACUUGAGUUGUUUUUUGUAUUGUAGAAAGAAAACCAUAUGACCCUGUUCCCACUACCUAGCUCCAGAUCCAGACCCCAGAUACUAACCGAAAAUUUGAUUAGAGGUAAUUUUUGAUAGGCGAAACUGCGGGUUUCGCUCAGUUUUAAUUAUUAUAAAUAUUGAAUAAUGAUAAUAAUGACUAAGCUGAUUUAUAAAACGAUUCGAGACCGAACUAAAGCAUACAUAUAUACACCACUGUGUAUAUUCAAAGAGGACUAACAUCAACUGAGCAGCAACCAUGUAGAUAAUAUACGAUCUGCAUAAGUACUAUAACGAUUACGAUUAUUUAUACGCGCUUACGCAUACCAACAUGCAUACAUUAUGAGAAUAUAUAUAUACAUAUAUAUAUACAGGAUAUAUAUACGAUAUAAGGUGUGUAUGUAUCUUAUACAUGCAUUCAAACCAAGUUUAUUAUACAGUGAAAGCAUAAUAAUAAAAGUACAUAAAAUCGA